UCUGCGCGAGGAGUGGGGAAGCCGCUAGGUGCGAACUUUCCCAGCUGCGGGAGUCGGACGCUGUCCGGGUCGCCGGGGCCUUCGUUCGCCCGGGCUAUGCUCCUGAGGCUCCAGGCCAGUCCAUCGUUUCCUCGCGGUCCUCCUGGCUGUGCACAUUUCCAUUCCUGGUGUGAGGUUGUGGACUCACUUGCCCUUGCUGUUUCCUGGGAAGAAUAUUCUUCCAAAAUGGGCAAACAUGAAUUGACUGGGCAUAAGGUUGCUGUGAAGAUACUCAAUCGACAGAAGAUUCGAAGCCUUGAUGUGGUAGGAAAAAUCCGCAGAGAAAUUCAGAACCUCAAGCUUUUCAGGCAUCCUCAUAUAAUUAAACUGUACCAGGUCAUCAGUACACCAUCUGAUAUUUUCAUGGUGAUGGAAUAUGUCUCAGGAGGAGAGCUAUUUGAUUAUAUCUGUAAAAAUGGAAGGCUGGAUGAAAAGGAAAGUCGACGUUUGUUCCAGCAAAUCCUUUCUGGCGUGGAUUACUGUCACAGGCAUAUGGUGGUCCAUAGAGAUUUGAAACCUGAAAAUGUCCUGCUUGAUGCACAUAUGAAUGCCAAGAUAGCGGAUUUUGGUCUUUCAAACAUGAUGUCAGAUGGUGAAUUUUUAAGAACAAGUUGUGGCUCACCCAACUAUGCUGCGCCAGAAGUAAUUUCAGGAAGAUUAUAUGCAGGCCCAGAAGUAGAUAUAUGGAGCAGUGGGGUUAUUCUUUAUGCUUUAUUAUGUGGAACCCUCCCAUUUGAUGAUGAUCAUGUGCCAACUCUUUUUAAGAAGAUAUGUGAUGGGAUUUUUUAUACCCCUCAGUAUUUAAAUCCUUCUGUGAUUAGCCUUCUGAAACACAUGCUGCAAGUGGAUCCCAUGAAGAGGGCCACAAUAAAAGAUAUCAGGGAGCAUGAAUGGUUUAAACAGGACCUUCCAAAAUAUCUCUUUCCCGAGGAUCCAUCAUAUAGCUCAACCAUGAUUGACGAUGAAGCCUUAAAAGAAGUGUGUGAAAAAUUUGAAUGUUCAGAAGAAGAGGUUCUCAGCUGCCUUUAUAACAGAAAUCACCAGGACCCUUUGGCAGUUGCCUACCACCUUAUAAUAGAUAACAGGAGAAUAAUGAAUGAAGCCAAAGAUUUCUACUUGGCAACAAGCCCACCUGAUUCUUUCCUUGAUGAUCACCAUUUAACUCGCCCCCAUCCUGAACGAGUACCAUUCUUGGUUGCUGAAAUGCCAAGAACACGCCAUACCCUCGAUGAAUUAAAUCCACAGAAAUCUAAGCACCAAGGUGUAAGGAAAGCAAAAUGGCAUUUGGGAAUUAGAAGUCAAAGUCGGCCAAAUGACAUCAUGGCAGAAGUAUGUAGAGCAAUUAAACAGCUGGAUUAUGAAUGGAAGGUUGUAAACCCGUAUUAUUUGCGUGUACGAAGGAAGAAUCCUGUGACGAGCACAUACUCCAAAAUGAGUCUACAGUUAUAUCAAGUGGAUAGCAGAACUUACUUACUGGAUUUCCGUAGUAUUGAUGAUGAAAUUACAGAAGCCAAAUCAGGGACUGCUACUCCACAGAGAUCGGGAUCAAUUAGCAACUAUCGAUCUUGCCAAAGGAAUGACUCAGAUGCUGAGGUUCAAGGAAAAUCCUCAGAAGUUUCUCUUACCUCAUCUGUAACUUCACUCGAUUCUUCUCCUGUUGACUUAACUCCAAGGCCUGGAAGUCAUACAAUAGAAUUUUUUGAAAUGUGUGCAAAUCUAAUUAAAAUUCUUGCACAGUAAAUCUGAAACUUUGCUUAUUUCUUUGAUAGCAAUAAGCAUGCAUAAUAAAUAAUAGCCAAAUGCUUACAUGUAUAAUCAAGUUAUAGAUGUAUAUAAUUAAAACUGAGGACUGGCCUUUUGGAAUGCAAUUUGCACAGGAAUUGAAACAUGAUUAAUAAUUAAAAGCCUAAUGUAUAGAAAUAAAGAUCAUUUUGUUAUUGUUCAACAGGCAUAUAGCGUAAUAUAAUAUAAAUGCAAUGAAUUAGGUCUCUCAGGCUCUCUUGACUUUCAGCUAUUUUAUAUUUAGUGUAUACAGGGCUUUGUAGAAUAUUAAUUUACCAUAAAGGCCUUCAUAUAUGUUGAUGUGUUCUAUAUUUGCUUUAUAAAUUUAUUCAAUGAAUAUUUGCUUAGAAUUUCCAUAGACCUUUAUAGGUGUUACUGUGUUCUGGGCUUCUUAAGUCAAAUUGCUAGCAUUUUCCAACAGUAGUAACAGUCUGGAUAACUUCUUUCUUGUCCUCUUCCUAAAAUUCUAUACUAUAUGAUAAUAAAGUUAUGUCAGGUAUUAUACUCAGAUUAAAUUUUUUCUUUAGCUUGAUAACUCCAAAUCCCCAGAAUUUAUAUAUUCACAUACUCUCUACACUACUUUUAUCUUACAGUUUCUCCCCCAUACUCUGUAAAGUGGUCUGUUGUAAGAGCUGAGUUGCAUAUAAUGUAUAUAAAUCAUGUUUUUGCAACUUUACAAAUCGUCCUGGCUCGUUAUGUCAGCCAGUAUUGAAUGUAUGCAAACAUCUCUAGUCAUUUGAUUGUGGACCUUCUGAUUCAGUGUAUAGAAAGAACAUGUCUUACCAACCUUAAAUGCUUAGCUGGACCUCCUUCUCCAUGAACCUUUUUAAAAAAGAAAAAUUGAAAGACUGUAGAGUAAUUCUAUGUAUCUAGAUUAGGUUUCUUUAACAUUUUGCCAUACUUGCUUUCUAUACCCAGAGACAUAUAUAUAGUUACGCAUACACAUUUGUGUGAAUACAUGAUUUUUUUUUUCUAAACUCCUUGGAUGUUAUAGACACAUUUAUCAUCCCUACCUAAACUGUCUUCUAAAAAUGAGUCUCCUUAGAAAACUACUGUAAGUUCAUUAUAAGUUCAGUAGCUUUCUGUUAUCUGAUACUUAUUCCAUAUUAGAUUUCCCCAUUUAUCUUCCAGAUUGCUGGUUAUUUCAAACUAUGAUCAAAUUAAAGUUUACACAUUGGAUUUUAUUGUAUCUCUUUAGUUAGAUACAGCAUUAAUAUUAUUUUGUUAAAAUGUAGAACAAAUCACAGUUCUUCUGAAUGGCCAAGUUUGUUUUGUGUUUUAAUUAUUUUAAAAAAUUAGCAUUAUGGGAACUGUCUAAAGAUGUUUAAGAUCUUUCACAUACUUUUUCAUUCAGUAAUCACAUAAGUGUAAAUGAAAAUUUUAGUCACCUCAGAUAAAACUGAAAUCAUGUGUAUGUUGAUAAAUAAAUAUUAUAUUGUCCACAUUUGGCUAGUAUUAUUAUUUUUUGAGACAGGCUCACUAUAUAGUUCAGGCUGGCCUUGAACUUGCAGCAAUCUUCCCGCCUCAGUUUCACAAGUGCUGAGAUGGCAGGCAAGCGUGCCACCGCUUCUGGCUGCCCAGGAUUAUUUUAACUUAAAUAAAUUGGGGCUAAGGAUGUAGCUCAGUGCUAGCCUAGCAUAUACAAGGCCCUGGGUUUUAUUCCAGCACAGAAAAAAAUAAUUAUUUUUAUUAUUUUGGUGUGUGUUAAUCAUUUUUCUAUUGUAAAAGAUCUUUUUAUUUUUUAUUGUGUUAGGAUGGUCAUGUCAAAUACAGAGGGCACUUAUGUAACCAGACAAUAAUGGUAGCUGUCAUGGUAGCUUGCAUAAAUGGUUACUCGAGUUUAUGGCAACUCCAGUAGCUCUAUAUUAAUGCACUGAAUUUAAAACAAAAAUCUUGAUUCUUUUUGUCCAGGGUUUGUUCUACUGAACUUCAGAUCCGAAUGCUGUAUAAAGUACCAGAUGUUCCAUUUACAUAGGAGCAGAGGACUGUAUUUGUACCUGUGUGGUCCCUUGAUGGGGAUAUUGGUGUCACUUAGGCUCUCUACAUGGCAGCAUUAUGUUCCUGAUGUCAAGAACAGAGGACUGUAUUUUUAAAGUUACAGAUUUAUAUAUAGAACUAAGGAUCUCUAAGAACUGUUCUGGCGGGGUUGACAAAACGAGGAACUGGUUAACUAUGACCCUCUAAAAUUGUUAAUUUUGUGAACUUUGCUUGUUUUAUAAGUUAUUGUGAUUCUUUUUAGUUACUGAGUUUUACUUUGAAGGUAUUCAAAUAUUGCACUUACACAAACAGUAUGAUAAUUGCAGACUACUGCAGUAGAUUUUUUUUAAGCUAGGAUAUGUGAAAUGACAACUUUUGGUCAAGUAUAUCCAGGUUGCAACAGAAUUUUCACAAAUUGUAAUUUGCAAAUUCUUACUAAUACUGAAGAUGUAAGGGGAGUCAAUACAAUGAUUUUUAAUCUUUUUUUAUUAUCUUUUUCAGCGAUUUGUAUUUUUUGUGAUUUGAUGCAACCAUAUUUUUACUUUGUCUUGACAACUGAAAGAUGUAUAAGGUUUUUGCCAGAAAUGUACUGUACACAUAGUUUUAAAUAUAACAGAUUUUACUGAUAUGUAAAAAUUUUGCCAUUAAAAUUGAUUUCUCACUGAGAGGAACUUUUCUACCAGGUUGGGGCAUAUGGGAGCUUAAUAUAUCUAAUUUAAAGUAAUUUCACUGAAAUAAACAUCAUUGCUUUUACUUUGAUUAUAUUUUUCUUACAAUGCUUUUGUAGUUUUUUCAGAGUUUCAGAUAAUUUUGUAUGAAAUUCUUCCUCAUCUCCCUUGACUAGUUGUGCUGCCCUUUAUUUUAUUGUGAUACUAUUCAUAAUUAAUGCGUGGUGAGCUGUGGCUAGAUGUAGCUCCAUGCAUCUGUUUCCCAAGUGGCACCUUUGGAAUUAAAGAAAAAUGUGUGAUGUCUAAAAAUUUUUUUCUUAACUUCUCUACCUCCCCACCCAAAAUAUAAAUCUCACUUUCAUGGUGAGUUCUCCUGACAAGAUUAGAUUCCACAUACAGUGAAACUGUAAAUUGCUGAUAGAUUAGAAAUCAAUCUUUGUGGUAUAUGUAUGUUUUGACUGGAAUACACAAUUUUGAGUACCUUAAUUUAGAAAGAUGGCACAAUAAAAAUUUCAUUUUUCA